UUUGGUUUCUUGUUACGUGAAUGGCCGGUGACGCGAGGAAGGAUCUGACGCGAUACAAAGGCGAUUUUUUCGUCUCUGAAGCGACGAGAUGAUCCGUAGCGCCGAUCGCACCUCGUAAAUGCGAUCUUUCGGAUCAGAAUGCAUGGACCUUGCAAUUAGGAUGGCUGUUGUGCACGAGAGGAGCAUGUUGUUUGUUUGCGUUCUCUGCUGCCUCCUUUCUUCUUGUUAUGGAUCACCCUUUCUAUUGUUCGCCACCCACAAGGACAUCCGGGUGACUAACGUGUCUCACAGCAACAAAGUUAAUGUUAUCGUCAAGGACCUAUCGGAAGGUGCAGCUUUAGACUUUUAUUAUGAACGAGGACUGAUUUGCUGGUCCGAUAGUGGCCUGGAGAUGAUACAGUGCAUACAAACCAACGGUACACACACCGGCGAGCGUAUGACUGUGGUAAACUCCAGCCUGAUAUCUCCCGACGGUUUGGCGUGUGAUUGGUACACUGGCAAAUUAUAUUGGACAGACGGAGAGAAGAACAGAAUUGAGGUGACCAGCAUCGACGGUCGCCACAGGAAGGUCCUCUUCUGGACCGAUAUCUAUCAGCCACGGGCGAUAGCGUUGGCACCUAUGAGAAGGCUGUUGUUCUGGACCGAUUGGGGCGACGUACCCAAGAUAGAACGUGCCAGCAUGGACGGUGAUCCGGAUACGCGCGAAGUGAUCGUGUCCGACAACAUAUUCUGGCCAAACGGUUUAACUGUCGACUACGAGAACGAGCUGAUCUACUGGGCGGACGGUAAGCUGUGGUUCAUCGCUGUAAUGAACUUCGACGGCGGAAAUCGUCGCCCAGUAAUCGAGCACGGUCUGGAUUACCCCUUCGCUAUCACCUAUUUUGACCAGCGACUGUACUGGACAGACUGGAAGACCUGGUGCAUACACUCGUACGACAUGCGUCAGAUGCAGGCGAAUCCGCGCGAACUGUUUCACGGCGAAUUCAUACCUGGCGACAUCGAGGUGUGGGACCCGAAGAGGCAGCUUCAGGGCAACAAUCCUUGCCGGCAGAACAACGGCAACUGUUCUCAUCUGUGCCUGUUGAGCACGUCGAAGCGCGGCUACACCUGCGCCUGCCCGACCGGCGUGAAGCUGCUGGACAACUUCACGUGCGCCAAAGGCCCGGAGGAAUUGCUGCUGAUCGUCCAGAGGAGCGAGAUCUGCCGUAUAUCACUGGAUUCGCCUGACUACACCAACUUCGUGUUGCCGCUCACCGGCAUCAAGCAUGCCAUCGCGAUCGACUUCGACCCGGUGGACGAGAUGCUGUAUUGGACCGACGAGCAGGCCUUCGCGAUCCGUCGAGCGUACCUCAACGGCUCGGGUCAGCAGGACGUGAUCGUGACGGAGGUGAUGAAUCCGGACGGCAUCGCAAUCGACUGGGUCGCCCGGAACGUGUACUGGACCGACACCGGCACCGACCGCAUCGAGGUGGCGCGACUGAACGGCACCAGGCGCAAGGUCCUGGUGAACGAUGACCUGGUGGAGCCGAGGGCGAUCGCGGUCGCGCCCAAUCUCGGCUGGAUGUUCUGGACCGACUGGAACGAGAAGCGGCCGAAGAUCGAGCGCAGCAACUUGGACGGCACCGACAGAAUUCUGCUCGUCACCAAGGACAUCCUUUGGCCGAAUGGCAUCGCCCUCGAUCUGGACCGCUUGAAGAUCUACUGGUGCGACGCUAAGACCGACAAGAUCGAGGUGUCCAACAUGGACGGCAGCGAUCGCCGGGAAGUCAUCACCGACAAUCUGCCGCACCUGUUCGGCCUCAGCCUUCUAGGUGACUAUCUGUACUGGACCGAUUGGCAACGGCGCAGCAUCGACCGGGCGCACAAGCUCACCGGCGGCGAUCGCGAGGUAAUCGUCGACCAGGUGCCGAACGUGAUGGGUCUCAAAGUCGUGCAUCUCGGCCGAGUGAACAGCACCACCAAUCCAUGCGGACGCGACAACGGCGGCUGCGGCCAUCUGUGUCUCAAUCGGCCCCGCAACAGGAACGUCUGCGCCUGUCAGAUCGACUACGAGCUCACCAAGGACAAGCGCACGUGCGUCGUGCCGGACGCGUUCCUGCUCUUCGCCAGGAAGGACAACAUCGGCCGCAUCAGCAUUGAGAACGUCAACAACGACAACAUCAUUCCGAUCACCGGCCUCAAGGAUGCCAGCGCCCUGGACUUCGAUUUCGGCGAGAAUUGCAUUUAUUGGACGGACAUCAAGCUGAAAGUCAUCACGCGUGCCUUUAUAAACGGAUCGAAAAUAGAGAGAGUGGUCGAUCUCGGCUUAGAGUCGCCGGAGGGCCUCGCGCUCGACUGGAUCUCGCACAAUCUUUAUUGGAGCGACACCAACACGCGUCGCAUAGAGAUGAUAAGAUUAGAGGGCGGCGCCAGGCGAGUUCUUGUGUGGCAGAAUCUUAUCGAGCCCAAAUGCCUGGCUUUGGAUCCCGAGAGGGGUCACAUGUACUGGGCGGAGUGGGGCGGCUCGGGGAACAUCGAGCGGGCGGAUUUGGACGGCACGCAGCGGCAGGCGAUUGUGCCGGGGAUCGGCCGUGCGAACGGUCUCACGAUCGACCACGCGGCCCGCAAGCUAUACUGGGCGGACCUGCAAGCACCGGCGAUCGCCUGCUUCAAUCUGCAGACGAGGCGGAAGGACAUCAUAAUCACGCAGAACAUAGUCUAUCCGUUCAGCAUAACGCAGUACGGCGACUACAUCUAUUGGACCGACUGGAACACCGGCGACAUCGAGCGGGCUGACAAGAACACGGGCGCGAAUCGCACCAGGAUUCACGACCAGUUAGAGUCGGUGACGGAUCUGCUGGUGUUCCACGCUUCCCGGCAGCCCGGCUGGAACCCGUGCGCGGUGGCGAACGGCAACUGCAGCCACCUGUGCAUCGCUUUGCCGAACGCCGCCGGCGGUACGUCGAAUUCGCGGAAGUGCGCCUGCCCGACGCACUACAGCCUGGCGCGGGACAACCGCACGUGCGUGUCGCCGAAACACUACAUGAUUUACAGCCUGCGCAACACGAUGGCGCGCUACCUGCCGGACCUGCCGGACGACUGCACGGACAUGGUGCUGCGGCUGCAGGGCCUGAAGAACGUACGGGCGAUCGAGUAUGACCCGGUGACGCAGCACGUCUACUGGGUCGACGGCCGCAACUUCGUCAUCCGCCGUACCCUGGAGAACAAGACCCAGCACAGCGGCACGGUGGUCGUCGCUUUGGGCUCCGGCCAUCCGUUCGACCUGGCCUUGGACCCGCUCGGCCGGCUGCUCUUCUGGUCGUGCAUGACGAACGAGGUGAUCAACGUGACGCGGCUGGACAACGGCUCCAUGCUGGGCAUUGUGGUGAAAGGCGACGGCGAGAGGCCGCGCAACGUCGCGGUGCACCCGCAGCAGCGGCUGCUCUUCUGGACGGACGUGGGCAAGAAGAUGAGGGUGUUAGUCAGCAAGAUGGACGGCAAGGAACGCGUGACGAUCGCGGCGGACCUCGAGCAGCCCAGCGGCCUGGCCGUCGACACCGAGGCGAACAUCGUAUACUGGUCGAACGGCAAGCUGAUCGAGUGCGCCGACUUCAUGGGCAACGAUCGCCGGACCUUGCUGUCCGUAGCGACGCCGGGCCAGGCCGCGUACUUAACCGUGCUGACGGAUUACAUAUAUUGGUACGACCGCGAAAACCAGUUGCUCGAGCGUGCGAACAAGUCGUCCGGAUUCGGCAAGCGUACCGUCAUGAGCCGCGUGCCCAUCACCGACCUACUGACCGUCAACGUGCUGGACAAAAUGGAGGCCCACGUCUGCAGCCCCUUCCACCAUAAUGGCGAUUGCUCGCAUUUCUGCAUCGGCGUUACCUCGCCGCGCUGCGCCUGCCCGCGUUCGUUGGUACUCUCCGAGGACGGGCGCACUUGUCGGGCGGCGCCGGUCUGCGGGACUGACCAUUUCACCUGCGUCGCGCCGAGCUCAUCGGUCGCCAAGGACUGCAUACCGGCCGCGUGGAAGUGCGACGGCCAGACGGACUGCCUGGACGGCAGCGACGAGCUCGGCUGCCCCGUCUGCAAACACGACCAAUUCAAGUGCGACAAUCAUUGCAUCGAUAUAAGGUUGGUGUGCGAUGGGACGCCGCAAUGUCACAACGGGCUGGACGAAGCCGAGUGUUGCCACGCGAAUCAGUUCAAGUGCAUCGGAGGGCAGGUGUGCAUAUCCACCUCGGCCCUGUGCGACGGCUGGGACGAUUGCGCUGACGCUAGCGACGAGCUACCGCAAACCUGCGAGAAAAUACAUCAUCGGCAAGAGAGCGUGUCGGCAGUCGAAUCCAGCAAAGUGACUUACGUCAUUAUCACUUUGGUGGGCGUGAUUCUGAUUAGCGUGACGGUCCUCAGCUAUUACUACUGCCGCAGGAAAUUCACCGGGAACGAAGGUCUUCCUGAUAUUCUUCACGACUCGGCGGGCGAUCCGCUGUCUCCGAAACCGAACAGAGUGGUUAAGCCGAUGUUCGCGCAGAAGAACAACAGGAAGGAUCUCAAAGCCGGCAUGGAGGCCGUCAGGAUGUCCAUGCUCAACGGAAGUAGUCUUGGGUCCAGCUAUGACCGCAGUCAUAUCACAGGCGCGUCGAGCUCGACCAGGGGCAGUUCCGCUGGCGGCUAUCCCCAUGAAACGCUGAACCCACCGCCGAGCCCGGCGACGAUCGCCAGCUCUACGCGUUGCUCGAGCAGCAACGCUUCUCGUUACAAGCCGUAUCGGCAUUACCGAAGCAUCAAUCAGCCACCGCCGCCGACUCCCUGCAGCACCGACGUCUGCGAUGAGUCGGAUAGCAACUACCCGUCGCGCUAUCGUUACGAAAGCGAGCCUUUCCCACCGCCACCGACGCCGCGUUCGGUCUACCACAGCGACGCGGCGAUCAGUUGCCCGCCCUCGCCCAGCUCCAGAUCGUCGACGUACUUCAGCCCGUUACCACCGCCGCCGUCACCGGUGCCCUGAGAUGAGUCUUGUGGACGAAACCGUGAGCUGACCCGUGGGGAUCUUGCGACGAGGAAGCGCGUCUCUCCAACGACUUGUGUCGUUUUGCAUUUAUCGGUGCGUCUCUUUUUUCUUUCCCGGUACGAAGCGCGCAUGUAUCGAUCACCCGCAAAAGUGCGUCUUCACUUAUAAAACCGCGAUUCGAUUUCCGUCCUACGCGGCUACAUCGUUCCCGUUAGAGAACGUGUUUCCUCGCUCGUACAAGUUGCGACGGCCGCUCAAAGUUAGAGAGCGGCGGAACGUUGUUGUUGCUGCUGUUGUUUCAUCAUCAUGAUGGUCGACGGGGUGCUCGGUGGGGAUCGUGUUCUCGUCUGGUCAAGUUUGAGGGUCGACUUCAUCAGUUUGUUCAACCGAAUAACUUCGGAAUUAUUCUUCCAAGAAGGUGUCUGCGACCGACCGUCGCAACGUUACCAAUUUUCUGAAAUUCGGCUUUCUCAGGAACAGAGAAAUUUAUGUAAAGGAGAAAUUCCAUCUUUUUUCUUCAUAUACUUUAUAACCCUUUUUCCAUACAGUAUCAUCAAUUUAUAACGGACUGCCCUGUAUAAUAAUAAUAAUGAUCAUACCAUCGUGCCUACCAUUUGCAUUUGAAUAGUUUGUAAUGUACAGAGAAAAAAGAUUCUCCUAUCACCCGGUAGAUUUUGUAAAUACCUAGAACACGAACGUGUAAUUUCCAUGAAAUUACACGAUACCAUACUGUAAAAAAAUGUACAUGACUAUAGUAUGAAAGAGAAGGAGAGACAGAGAUAUUUGCUUUGAGUUGCGAAUAUUUUAUACAAGCAUUUAUCUAUUAAUCUAUUAAUUGUGAUUUCAAGUUGUAUCAUUACCUAGUAAUUACUAGUAAUAACAUUAUUAUUAUUAUUAUGUUAUCGUUAUAGUUACAUGUACAUGUUAUCUUUUUUAAUCGAUCUAGCAGUUAACCAAAGGCUGCUUCAUAUGUUUUAGCAAUCGUAUUACACAGUAAGACUUUUUCUUAUUCUUCAUUCUGAGCGUAUAGGAUCUAGUUUAUGUGUAAAUUUUUUUUUCUUUUUUUUUUUUUUAAUAACUCGGACACGAUAUAAGAAAACAACGGCCUCUUCCAAAGUUUUACUACGCUUACCAUUUUUCUCGCGUUAAUAAUGUGUAACCAAAUAAUCGUACAUCACCCGUUUUUUUGUUUCUCGUAAGUUCUGACAAAUUUCUAACGAUAUAUCAUAUGCUCGCUUUGGACGAAUAUGUAAGCGUAAAUAAUACGAAAUAAACGCACAUGGAAAAUUAUAAAUCAAGGACUUAGCAAUAACAGAGUUGCAGCAUACACUAUGUAUACAUUUGUGUUUGUGACUGAGGCGCACUGUGCGAUGUACAUAUCGUGUUAAUACUACAGCAGCGUUGUAUCUUUAACGCACAUGUCCGUUCCUGUAAGUAUAUAAAUGUCAGUUUCAGAAAACUGUGUGCCAUAAUCAUAUAUACUCGAUAGUCCAACUAUUCGCAUAAUGCCGUGUGCUUGUCAGUUUCGUUGAACAAAAUAUAUUCGCGAUUGACGCGCGAAGAUUCCGAAUAUGCGUUUGCAAGUGCAUUUCUAAUAUUAGUGCGUACAUGUGUGUAUAUGUGUAUGUGUAUUGUAUAUACAUAUAUGAAUAUAUAAAUAAUAUUAAGAUAUAUAAGA